AUCAUUGCACCGCCACGGCCCACGCUACAUACUAGCCCAAAGUUGAAAGCACUGCUCUUUGUUUCAAUCCACAAACAAUGGCUGAUCAAGCAGAAUUGGUUUUUGUCAGGAGCUUUGUGAAAGUUAUCGGAGCUCAGCCGAUUGUGUACAGUGACGACUACAAUCAGCCCCCACAAAAUUCACUAAAGAAAGUCCCUAUCCUAUCAGUUGAGCUCCCCCCUGUUCCAGAACGUAAAGGAGAGCCUUCUACACCGCCAGCUGCAUCAAUCAGCAUUACGUUCAAGUCGACAAAGCCUCCGCAGUCGUUCACGCUUGCCGUGCAGCCAACAGAUACUGUGUCCGAAGUUAAAGCCUUGCUUGCCUCUCAAGCGAACGCACCGCCCGCAGAAGCACAACGGCUUUUACUCAAAGGAAAGGCACUUGCUGACGCAAAGCUCCUCAAGGAAUACGGCGUGAAAGAAGGGGACACUAUAAAUUUAAUGCUUAAACCCGGGUUCGAGUGGGAUCCUACUAAAUCUCCAUUCCCGUCCAACACUUCACCAGUAAACAUGAAACCUUCCAAUAUUCCCGAAAUACAAACACCGCAACCGAAACUAGCAACAGGGCAUAGACAUACACGCACGCCCUCCAUCGUAUUGUCGCCAUCACCAUCAAUCGUGUCUCUCGAGCAGGAGGGCAAACCUCACGACAUUGAUCUGACUCUUGACACGUCUAUACCCACCGCUUCAAUAUCGCGCGCAGCGCGGUCAAGUUAUCAGACUGUUAUCUCCGAGCCACCAUUUUGGGAUCGCCUGUACUCUUUCUUGAGAACGGAAUUCAGUAACGAUAGUGAUUCGCUCAUCGCUUUUGAGGACUUCCUCCGAGCAAGCAAGGGAGGGUUGACAGCCAGUGAAAUCGCGAAAAUCCGUGAUCAUGUGGGCGUUGUCGGGAUGGCGGGCACGUAGAGUAACAAGCAUCUCUCGAAAAGUUAGUUGGGCUUCCGCAUUGCGUACUUGUCUCGAUAAUUCGCCUUGAUCGCGGCUUACCAUGAAUGUUUUACCAUAAGUUGGGAGGAAAUCCCAAUGGGCGGCGCAAUAUCAAUUGUGGAUAAUGGAAAUUUG